AAAAAUAGAGGCAGUCAUUCUGCCAGACUUACAGACAUAUACUGAGCUCUCCAGUCAACUCUGACUUCUUUAAAGCAAAAAGAAAACAAAAAACAGCAUUGCUUAUGAAAAAUUUACAACAUUAAAACAGGAAAGUACAUCAAAGUCUAUCAGAAGUCAAGAUGCCGAAGAUUGUGAGGCCAGAAAACUGCCAACCAGCCAAAACACUGUGGUAUGACCGGAAAAAGUAUGUCACUAUCAACUUUGUGGUUCAAAACCCAAAAGAUGUUCAGGUAGAUGUUCAGGACAAAAAGAUUAUUUUAAGCUGCAAAGAUGUUGACGACAACAAUAUCUACAAUGAGAUAGAAUUUUAUGACCGUGUAUUAAAAGCUGAUUCAAGGGAGAAAGUCCACGACAGAACAAUUAAUGUGUUAAUAAGGAAAGUAAAGGAAAAUGUGGCAUGGCCUCGACUCCAGAAAGAUACAGCAAAGCCGGCAUGGUUGUUAGUAGACUUUGAUAACUGGAGAGAUUGGGAACAUGAAGAGGAAGAAGGCAUGGCAGAAUAUGAGCAAUAUGUGGAUAUGCUUAAUGACGUGAAGAAUAAAGGAGAGCCACCUGCCAUGGAUGACCUGGAUGAUCUGAGUGACUGAGCAGUCUGCCAUCGAUCAAGAUCAACCAAACUUUGAAAAAAAGUAAAAGAUAAUUCAUAGUGCCACAUUAGAUUAGAAAAAUAAUCCUUUGAAAUUUGUUGGAUCAGUACAUAAACUUUAUUGGUAGAAAAGGUAAGAUUCAGUGUAUGCAGGCUAUCUUGUUGUUGUUGUUUAUUUAAUUUCCUCUUUUUUACCUUGUAUUCUUGGAAAACAUUGCUUUGUAAUGAACAAAAUACGUAAUCAUUUUCUAUUUGUGAUGCAACCGAGCAAACGAUUUAUGUGUUUUCAUAUGCUGUAUAAUGUUUUGUACAUUAAAAAAGUUGAAAUCUGUCAU